AACCGCACUCGAAAAGGUCAAAACUUUAACGAGAUCAUACUGUGCAUAUACUCGCAGUUUAUGGAGAAAGAAGUGCGCCAAUGGCAGCAUAUAUACAAGGCGCUCCAACUGCUUGAGUACCUCGUCAAGCAUGGUAGCGAGCACGUCGUCGACGACGCCUGCUCGCACAUCUCAGCCAUCAAGAUGCUCUGCAACUUCCACUACAUAGACAACAAAGAGAAAGACCAGGGCAUAAAC